AUGGCUCUCAAGGUCAAAACUGCUGAAACCAAGGUUGUGCUGGUGAACCUGUUGAUAUGCAUGGCAGUUUUCUACACUGUGUACUACGUGGUCCUUUCCGUUUGCUUUGCCAUAUUCAAGGUUAAAAUGUUGGAUGGUUUGGCACCUUUUGAUUUUAAGACAAAUCCAUCAUGGCUUAAUCCACAUUAUUUAGUUCUUGUUAUCUCAUUGGAAAUAACUUUUUUCAUUUGUGGUCUGCUGUUUGCCCUGGUGGUGGAAGAAUGGGUUUGGGAUUAUGCUGUAACAGUUACUGUUAUUCAUAUCAUCAUAACUUCCAUUGUUAUGUCUGAAUUUCCUCUGAUGUUACACUGGUGGCUGGCAUUAGGAUCUGGAGUAAUUUCAAUGAUUUGUGGAGGACAGAUUUUGGCAUAUUGUUUAUUUAAAGACAACUUCAUUUACCCUGUUCUAGAUGAUUUUUGA